AAUAAGAAAAUGGAACAACCAUCUCGAUUGUUCGUAUAAGAAACUCAAAGUGCAAUAGUAGUAAUAAUAAUAAAAAUAAAAUUUGCAAUAAGUAUCCGAGAAGAAUAUAAAACUUUUUAUAAGAAUUUUAAUUGAAGUUGAAGUUUAUCGUGUCAGAUUCAUACUGGAAAUAAGCUGUAGCUUCAAAAGUACUAAUACAAAGGAUCGUUAAGCAACAGUUCAUUUCGUAAACUAAUAGCAUCAUCAACGACAUAAAAACAAGCUACAGUGGAACUGACUUUUUGAUCAGCAGAAAAAAAAAUGAUGGAUCGAAUACCAUCAUUAGCUUUAACUGGACUUUCAUUGUCACAUCACCCGCUAUCAUCUUUGCAAUCACAAAAUCUUUCAUCAACAACAAACUCAUCAUCGGCAGCAUUAAAUCAGCAAGCAUUAAAUUCUCUAAACUUUCAUCAACAAUCGAAUCACAAUCAUCACACUCAGCUGAAUCAGAAUUUAAAUCACUCAAUUAUAACGUCGUCAAAUAGCGUUGUUUCGCAUCACCAGCAUCACCAACAGCAACAACAGCAGCAACAACAAUCACAGCUUCAUUCAUCAAAUCUUCAUCACCAUCAACAACUGAAUGGAUUGCUCAAUAAUGUUGGUGCAAAUGGUUCCACAAUUUUUAGUCUACUAACAUCAACGUCCCUUAUGAAAAAGCCACAUGAUGAUCACAUAAAACGUCCAAUGAAUGCCUUUAUGGUCUGGAGUAGACUCCAACGACGAAAAAUUGCACAGGAAAACCCUAAAAUGCAUAAUUCUGAGAUUUCAAAGCGAUUAGGAGCUGAGUGGAAAUUGCUUACUGAAGAUGAGAAAAGACCAUUCAUUGAUGAAGCUAAGAGGCUGAGAGCUUUACAUAUGAAGGAACAUCCGGAUUAUAAAUAUCGGCCACGACGAAAGCCAAAAGCACUAAGACGAGAAGGAUAUCCAUACCCUAUGCCCUAUCCAUCCGUUCCUGUUGAUGCUUUAAGAGCCGGAAUAACACCAGCAAGUUAUUUCACACCGGGCAAUCCAUAUCAUUUGGGCAGCCAUUUAUCAUCACAAACAAGCCCUCAAGCAACACAACAGAUGGACGUGUCGAAAUUUACACUCGAUCGUAAUGCAUACUUGAAUACAGCAGCUGCAAUUUAUGAAUCAACAAAGCAACAAGUAUCCUCAAAUUAUAGUGCUUAUCUUGAUCCAUCCGUUCUCACGAAAGCUUAUUUUGAUUCGAAAAUGUAUUCCGAUCGCGCUUCGUCAUCAAAUUAUGCAUUUGAUAUUUCAAAAAUUUAUGGCAAUCAGAGUGGAAAUCAGGAUAUGAGUAGCGGUGAACGAGAUUCAACGCCACAAUUGGACGAAAGCAAUAAAAAUAUGACAGAUGUUCAUAUGGAUUUUAAUGGUAAUGGAGCUGCUGCAAACUAUCAAGCGUUUAAUCAACAACCUGUUAAAUUUGAAGCAGAACAAAAUUCACAGCAAAACACUUCAAGUGGCGGUGAUUAUCGACGACCUCUUACUGUUAUAUUUUAAAUCAAAUGAAAUACACUCAAAAUAAUCAUUCUUAACAAUUGAAUUUGAACGAAUUUCUUUAAUUUUUUCUAGUUUUAUCUUUAAAUUUAUAAAAUGCUAACGUUUAGUUGAGACUGACUGGAAUUUAAAUCUACAGAACUUUUGCAAAUAUCGUUUCUGUGCUUUCUCAAACAAUUCAUAUCCGCAAAUCCAGCGAAGUUAACAAAUUAGCAAGACAUCAUUCAAACUUAGCAUAGAUGUGGAUACCCUUCAAUUUUUUUUUUUUUUUUUUGUAAAAGUAGAAUUAAAAAUAAAAUUAAGUUUCUUUGCAGAGGAUAAAAUGAUAAAAACUUUUCCAAUUCUUGAUUUCACGAAACAGUGUGUACAAAGUAGAGUGUAAUUUACGACUUUAACGAUUAUAUUAAUUUUUAAAUAUAAUUCCAGUCAGCUAAUAAUUCUUACUCAAAUGUAACAAAAUUUUAAUGAAUAAUGGACAAAAUAAAUUAAAUGGUAUCGGAUAUU